CAUUCUGUUUCUUGAAUACCAUUAUUAGUACUGUGAAUUAUAGUUAUGAUAUGAUCGUGGGGGUUUACAGCUACAUUUUUCUUGGUUUUUUGUACUGUGAUACAUUUGAGCUGAAGGUCUUUCGGAAACGGUCUCUGUAUUGAAUCUUUUUUUGUUUUGGAGAUCAGUAGUGACUAGUGAGCAUAUUGGGUGCUGAUUGCUGAUAAAAAUAGGAUCUUUAGUAUUUUUUGUUGAUGGGUUUUGAUUAAUAGGGAGAUUAGUUCAUGGCUGGUUUAUUUUUGGUAAUUUCCGCCGGAGGGAACUGUAGGAUGAGGAAUGUAUGUGUCUUGUGCUCUAUAAUUGUGCAGACUCUUCAGUUUUGAUGUUGUACCUGUGUCAGAUUCUUAUAAAAUGCACUACUUUUGGAGAAUCCGACAAGCACCCUUUUACAUUUUUGAAGAGUGUGAGCAACAUAAGUUGUAUGACAAAUAUGGAAGAGUAGGUUUGAAAGAUGGCUUUAUUCAACAGAAUUGGAAAUAUGCUUAAACAGAGUGUAAGCAGACACACGAAUUUGGAAUCGUGUGCCUCUAGAACCUCACUUUACCAGGCUAUAAGAAGCAUGUCUUCUUCAAAGCUUUUUGUUGGAGGUCUCUCAUAUGGCACUGAUGAAACCUCUCUGCGAGAGACAUUCUCCCAACAUGGUCAAGUGAUUGAAGCUAGAGUUAUUUUUGAUCGUGACAGUGGGAGAUCCAGAGGGUUUGGUUUUGUUACUUAUACAUCUGCUGAAGAAGCAUCAAGUGCCCUGAGUGCCUUGGAUGGCCAGGAUCUCCACGGGAGACGGAUAAGGGUGAAUUAUGCCACAGAAAAGCGUCCUGGAGGAUUCGGGCGUGGUUCUGGUGGAGGUGGAUUUAGCUAUGGUGGGGGAGCUGGAGGUUACUCAUAUGGGAAUUAUGGAGGUGGUGGUAACUAUGGUAGCAACAACAGUUACCCUGCAGGUGGUGGCAGCUAUGGUGGGGAUAGUUUUGGGGCUGGAUAUGGUGGUGGGAGUAGUGGAAGUUACAAUGCUGGUGUUUCCGCUAGUAAUGAUUUCUUGGACAACUCUGAAUUUGGUGGGAGCCCUGGGACCUCGCACAAUGGUGGUGAAGAACAGCUUAGUGCAGACCAAGGGACUGAAUCUGUAAACAAUGAUUUCACACCAGGUGUAGAAAGGAGCAGCAGCGACGACAAUGAUGAGCCAAAUGACUACGCCAACUCGAGGAGUUGAUAAUACGUCCUCAUAUGCUAUUCACCAACUUUGGCUUUGAUGAGUACAUGUUCACAAUACGUGUUGAGUUAAAAGAAAGUAUAUUCUAUUUCCAGCAGGGUUGCUACUGGUUGAAUGCUUCAUCUAAGUUUAAUCAAUCUGUAGGAUUACACUCUACUCGUUUCAUAAAUGUUUCAAGUUCAUAGAGCUCUCCAAGUACUGAUUUUGUGCAAUGUACAGUGCUGAAUCUUUUCCUACCCGCUUGUUUCUUUUAAGGCACUUGUGGUGACUUUCUUGACCUUGUGGCUAAAA